UUUAAAAAUGCCUGUUCAAUCAAGCUGUGUUUUGAAAUUUGCAAAAUUAAGUGAUAAAGCAUUUGCACCAUUAAAAGGAUCAGCUCUUGCUGCUGGAUAUGAUUUAAGAAGUGCAUACGAGUAUGUUAUUCCUGCCAAGGGUAAGGAACUUGUUAAAACUGAUAUUCAGAUUGAAGUACCAGAAGGUACUUAUGGUAGAGUUGCACCAAGAUCAGGGUUAGCUUGGAAAAAUUUUAUUGAUGUUGGAGCUGGUGUUAUUGAUGCUGAUUACAGUGAAGAAAAUGUAUGGAAAUUAUGCCAGGAUGUUGCAACAAAGAAUCAAUCUGAAUUGCCUUUUUGUUAUGUUACUUUUAUAAGUAAUGACAAUCGAAGUGUACCAUUAUUACGUCAAAGAGAUGGAAAAGAUGAAAACAAGGUCAUAUUCUGGGAUUAUCAUGUUAUAUUUAUAUAUGCACCAGAUGAAAGAGCUGUUGUUUAUGAUUUAGAUAGUGAUUUACCAUUUCCAACAUAUUUUUGGAAAUAUGCUAAUGAAACAUUUAGAACAGAUGAAGUAUUACAUCCAAAAUUACAUGGACGUUUUCGUGUUAUACCAGCAUUAACUUAUUUACAAAAUUUUUCAUCUGAUCGUGGUCAUAUGAAACGUCAAGAUGGUAGUUGGAUUAAAACACCACCAAAUUAUCCACCAAUAUCAACAUCAACAUGCAAAGACAAUCUUGAUAGCUUCAUCAACAUGGAACCUGGAACUGGAUUUGGUACUGUACUGAGUCUUAAACAAUUUGUUAAUAAAUUUUAUAGACAAAAAGUUAAUCAAUCUCAGUCUCAAGCAACUACAAAAUAAGUA